CCAGCAAAUAAUAGGGUUGGUUGGUGCGUUGUAGCUGCGUUAAUUAAUAGCUGAUUCGCUUCCCAGUCUCUGAUCGCCCUCUCUGAUGUAUGCAGUCUCAGUCUCGUCUGCCACCAGACCAGAGCAGACAUAAACCUGAUCUAGCAAAACCUAGUAACACCGGAAAACACAAUUAUAUAUAAAAAAUAAAAAUAUUUUCUUGUUCUACGAUCUUAUAUUCCUUGCUUGCUUGCUUUUCACUCUCCUAAAAAAAAAUCAUGAUCGCACUCUUUUGAUUCAAAAUCAAAUCUAGAAAAAUUCCAUCUCUUUUUAUUUAUUACUGUUAUCAGUGGCUGUCCAUGGCUCUUCCUCUCGGCAAGUUAACUAUUCUCGUCGGUGCAGGUAUUCUUGGCUCAGUUCUUGCUAAAGAGGGGCGGCUGCCUGAUGUUUCUAAUUUCGUUUCAGGUGCUUUCAAGAUUGCUUUCAGGCAACUUAAACAGGAUGAUUCUACUUCAUCAGUUAGCAAGUCUAGCAAACCUCCAAACGACUCUUUGAUGGCUCAGGUAAACAGCCUUCGACAGGAGCUGCAAAUGUUGGCAUCAAGUAGACCAGUCACAAUUGUAACUGCAAAUGGAACAGGUUCUAAUAAAUAUGGUGUAGUUGUUGUGGUGGUAGUUGUUGGAUACGGCUAUGUUUGGUGGAAGGGUUGGAAACUUCCAGAUAUGAUGUUUGCAACCAGGCGUAGUUUAUCUGAUGCUUGCACUUCUAUAGCCCAGCAACUAGAGAAUGUUUAUGCAUCAAUCCGGAGUACCAGGAGGCAUUUAUCUUCAAAGAUCGAUGGUGUGGACUCAAAUUUGAAUGCUGUUGCAGAACUGACAGCCAGCACUCAAGAAAAGGUUAUUGAAUUGCGAGAAGAUUCAAGUAGGAUUGGCAAUGAUGUUCGAUAUGUUCGUGAUGCCGUUGAAACUUUGGAACUAAAAAUUAGCAGAAUUGAAGGGAAACAGGAUUUGACGACCCAAGGAGUAAAGAGGUUGUGUGACUAUGCCUCCAGUUUGGAAAACAACUUACUUGAAGAGAAUAUCCAGACUUCAGCAUCCAGUUCACGGCUAACAUUCUCAUCAAAGGCCGGGGCAUUGCCUGCUCCAUCAAGUGAACCAUCAACUCCUGCUUCGAUUGGAUCUCAAGAGGUUCAAAGGCCCCCUCGUAAUGCUGCAUCACCCUCAAGCCAGCAGAGAAGUAACGGGAUUUCAGGAGUGGCUGAGCUUGCUAGCGGCCUCGGGAUUUCUAAAGGUAUCCUUACAGAAGAAGAAACAAGUAAUAGAACGAGCUGGUUUAAACCUGCAUUUCUUAUGAGAACGCGAAGCGCAACAAACAGUGUAGUGCAACAAACAAGUUCAAGCAGACAGCAAUCGUGAUGGUUUUUCCAUUGAAAACCAUUUUAUUUCUGUGCGGCAAUUAGCUUUACUCUGGGAGGUCCUUGAAGUUUGGUUGUUCUGGUGAUACGAGCCUCUCCCUAUGAAUAUAAAUACCAGGAUGGUGCUGAAUUUUGUAGAGAUGCUUAUUUUGUAAGGUCAACUAUCAUUUUUGAUA